CUAUGGUUGAUUCGUAAUCCUGUUGGAUGGAUUUAUGGUCCUGAGUUCGAAUCCCAAAGGUAACAAAAGUUUAUUUUUCACAAUUCACACCUUUAUACAGUGAAUUCAUACGUGUUCUACAUAAAAUUCAUAUAUUAAAAAUUGCUCUUAUUUCUUAUUUUAAGACGUGCUCUCACGGUAGCCCACCCCUAUAUAUAUAUAUAUAUUACCUUAUUUAAUUAUCUUAUAUACAUGCAUGAACAGAUCUCGGAUGAUGGAAUCCCUCAGGAUGCGGCGAACUAUAGCACCUUCCUUCCACCUCCACAUGUGCAGAGAUGGAAGUUAUGUGUCAGAUAGGGAUGCCAGACUUGAUGCGGAGAUUCAUCGCGUUGCUGCUGAGACAGGACGAGAGGACAGACGCGAUGAGGUCUACUUGGAGGUCGUACGUCCCGGUAGGUCACGACUCUACGGCACUGGAAGUGCCGGUGUGAGCCAGUGUAGUAGGGGAUUUACUGGCAGUACAGGCACUUGCGGGAUGUCUCAGCAGAUGUAUGAGACUCGGAUCUCCACGUUGAAAGAGCGCCUCUAGAAGGCUGACGAGGAUAGGGCUGCAGCAAUUGCGGCCCAAGAAGCAGCACAUGAGGCCCUUGAGCAGCGGAUGGCUCAGUUCGAGGAGAUACUGAGGCGGUCGGGUCAGCUACCUUGAGCAGCACUUCUACGUAUCUAUAUCAUGUUGAACUAUUUUAUUUAUGUUA